AUGGAAGCAUGCUUACCUGUGCGCAGGUUCACUCAGUGGGUUCAGCCCGCAAGUGUUCAAAAUGGCCGGCGACCAAGAGUGAUAUUCAGAAUGUCUGCAGCAAAUCGCGUCGCUCGUGGCUCGAUUAAAAUCCCCUGGAAUAAGUUUGGUUAUGAUCGAUUGCCAGAGAGAUUUUCCAGGUCCUUGCCAGGCUCUAAGAGAAAGAAAAAGCCACGAACACAUAAAGAAUGGCCGGUUGUCAGAGGCGAUUUGGUGAAUAUUAAAUUUUAGUUUUAAUUGAUAAAUUAUUAUCAUUUAUAGAGGAUACACCUUUUCAGGGUUCGCGACGCCAUCUCACCGACCGAGGCAAACACAAUGGUGAAACCACUUGCCUCGUCCCAAAGGAGAAUACUUGUCUUAUUCCUUUCUGUCUACCUAGGAUCAUGGCAUUGUUGCAACAAUGUUGCUCUAAUUAGUUUGCCCCACUUGGCAAGAUGGAGUCGCAACCCCCCAAAACGGUGUAUAAAGUCAAGAUAGUAUAUGCUUCUGAUGUUUUUGAUUGCUAUUCGGUUCUAAGUAAAUAAAUCCAAUCCCAAAACACAUUCACAACCAGGCCAAUGAUUCAGUCCCGCUAUGCAAAUAUUGCCAUGUUUAUAAACUAUCAACACAGUCAAUUUCUAAAGAAAUGAAUAAUGAUCAGUUGAAAUUUGCAUAGCGCAACCAAAUCGUACACCACUGUUCACAACACAAUGUUUUGCUGAACCGCAGUUGUAUAGUAUUUACAGUAUCGCACCUUGUAUACAUUUUCAGGUUCAGAUCCUGAGUGGGAAAGAUAAAGGAAAACAAGGAAAAGUAAAAGAUGUCAUCAGAUCAAAAAAUACAAUUAUUGUAGCAGGCUUAAAUACUGUAAGAAAACAAAAUAUAUUCUGGUUAAACACUCUUCUCAACAAAAAUGGUACUUAGCUAUCACACAACAGGUUUUGAAAUGAUCUGGAACCUAGGUUCAUUCCUAUGCUUCCUUUACAGGUUCUCACUGCACCAUGGGAAGGUAUAUGGAGGAGGCAUGAAACCAAUCUGGCUUUAGUUAGCAUGUUACUAACAGUUCAAAUACGAUUCUUUGCUUCAAUCUGGAUUUAUACAAGUUUUGACAGCAUCUGCAUACCCCCAGCCCCCCCCCCCAGCUCAUAAUACACUUUAUAAUAUAGCAUUUGUAAAUUCUGAACGCUGAUUGGCUAAGAGCCGUGUUGAUAUAACUCAAUGUCAACACGGGGAAAUUUUCCGCCGCUUGUAAACAGGGAAAUUUUUCUUAUCCUUCGGGCUUUUGACAUUGCUAUAUUAUAAAAAAAAUAUAAAACAUUUUUUCCGUAUUGAUAUAUAGUUAUAUCAACACUCGUGGAAGUUGGGAAAACUCGAAAUUGUAUGAAAACACUCCGCCCUUCGGGCGUCGUGUUUCCAUACAAUUUCUCGUUUUCCCAAUUUCCACUCGUGUUGAUAUAACUGUAUAUCAACACGGAAAAUGUUUUAUAUUUGUUAAAUAUCAGCUUAGGUGUGCUCCUCGACACCCACUUCGCUCACAUGUAUAAUCAACAUGCUUCAUUACCUUUGCUCCAUUGCCAUUUAUCAGAACAGUAGUAACAAGUCACUGAAAUAAACUUCUCAACAUAGGAAAUUCAAAAGUUAGAUGCAACAGAAGCCACACAUGGUACUUAUAUAAGGAUGGAAGAACCCUUACCUUAUACAGAUGUCAUCUUAGUGGACCCUUCUGACAAGUAAGUUUCAAUGACCGGAACCAAGGUAGAGUGGAACCCCCUCUCCCUACUCCUAACCCUCCUGGUAAGGGGAAUCAAGUGUGCAGGGCUUAAAAUAACAGCCAAGCAUUUGAUCAAUGAUUGGGGUUUUCAGAAGCAGGGUUUUCAAUCAGAAAAAGAAGGGAGAGUAUCCUAUGUUUACCUAAUAGUUCAACUGUACUGUACUUAUUUUCUCCCAAUGCAGGCAGCCAACGACGGUGAGUUUUCGCUAUACAGAACUUGGUGAGAGGGUGCGUGUGUCAGACAGAACAGGAAGGAUAAUUCCUAAACCACCUUGGGAGAGACGGGACUGGAAGGAACGCUCUGUUUUGAAAGGUACAGUAUAAAUAAGCUGGUUUUACAUUUGGUUUUUGGUGUUGCCAGCAUAAAAAUAAGUAAUUUUAAUUAUUUUCAUUAUGUGUAGUAGUUUGGUGGAAAAUAAAUAUAAUUGAAAGGUGUGGGCUUAAUUUCCUUGCUGAGAACUUCUAUCAUAUUUUGCAGAUGGUCCUGAGGACACGGUUCCCGCGAGUGCAACACGCAGUACCUACCUACCUUCCUUACUUCAUUUUCACGAAGAGAUAAUGUUAAUACAUGGCAUCCAGCCUUCGGUCCCGAAAACCAAACCUUCGUUACGCGAUCUUAUUAUAAAAGAACUUGAAGAAAAACCGCCUCCAACUGAACUCAUAGAAUCUGUUCCUGAACCUGGACUAUUCAUGAGAAUAUACCUAGGCAUGCAAGGCUUUUUCGGUACUUUCUUUAGAAGAUAGUGUAACAAUAUGAAAUAAAACGAGGUCAUUUAAAUCACAGAAUAAAUUUUUUUCAUGUAGAUUUAUUAUUAACGAGUGUAGUUCAGAUAAAAAUAAUCGAUAUUUAGCUAAAACUUACAUUGGUUUGAGCAGACUAAAAGCAAGCAUCAAUAAUGAAAAGAGGCAUAAAAACUCAAAAACUGUUUUAAAAUAGUUGGUAAUGCAAGUCUCAGAUGGUCUGUUUAUUUUAAAACAAAUUUCCGUGUCUUAAGCCCAUUUUCGAAUUUCUUCGCGCGAAGCGAAAAACAAAUCUUGGCAAUGUGAUUGGUCAGCGAAAAAGUUUCUACUUUUUUACUGUUCGCGCGAACAAAUUCGCCUUGUGGAAAAUGGGCUUUAGUUUGGACUUGAGCAAAAUCUCGCUUCUCGCCGCUGAACAUGUCUUUGUUGCUGUUGUAGGCAAAAAUCGACAUUACGUUUCACUUAGAGUAGACUUUUCAUACUUCCAAAACGAAGGUUCUCUUCUUUCCGGUAUUUCAACAACAUCCUUCAAAACGCACUUCCGGAAACUUCCGACUAUGUUACAGUAAUGAUUUCACUUGCUCAAAGUUACCUUCAGUACUUCUCACGUAUGGUUUUUCUGACAAGAUGAUAAGCUUACGUGCUGAGAGCUCUGUAUUGAUUGAAUAUAUUAAGAAUGUGAUGAUCCACAUCGGAGGUGAAAAGGUGUGUAUCCAAAGUUGAAAUAUACGGCUUGAUUUCACGAUGGUAC